UUCUACAGAAAGAAGAUUGUUCAAGAUGGCGAAAGAAAUUCGGUCGUCGUCAUCAUAUUAAUUGAUAAAAAUUACAUAUUUGGUCAGACAAUAAGAUUUUGCCAUCAUGGAUGAUACAGAGAAAAACAUAGAAGAUAAUCCAUUUGCAGCAUUGUUUCCAAGCAUCAGUCAAGCUCAACAAUUUAGUUCUGAAAAACAGCAGAAGUUACCUGAGGAAAAAAUCUCUGUAAAUGUUGAAGCCAAGUUAGCUGUGAGCAAAUUGAUUGAAGAUAUAUUUCUUCUAACCUUAGAAAAGGAUUGUGAUGCAAGAACAGAAAGUUAUGUUUAUUUAGAAGAUUUAGCAGAAAGAAUGGAUGGUCAAACAUGGAUGGAUACAGACACUCUAUCACAAGCAGUUUUUGAAAGAUUAAUGCUAGAUUCACCUCAAGAAUUUAUUAAAAAACCUGUAUCAAAGAGUUUAGCAGGAGAACCACUUGUCCUACCUUAUUUAUCUCAGUCAUAUAACAGAGUUAUUGAAUAUAGACAACAGCAGAAGAGUGAACCAUUUUCUUCUUGUAUAAAAGAAUGUAAAAGUGUGAUCAUUUUAAAUGCAAAAACAUGUUUACUUCAAACAGAAUUGUUUCCUUCUCAAUCGUUAUAUCAACAAUUUAUAGACGUAUAUUUACAAGAAUCAGGUGCUGUCUUUGGUGAUGAUUCAGGACAAAUAAUUGAUUUUUUUGUACAAGUGAUGGACUCGAUAGAUAAAGAUGAAGAUGGUAAUGUUGAAGAUGUUAUGAUACCUAUAUUAGAUCUUGUUAAAGCAAAAUUUACUAAUAUGUCUUUAAUAAGUGCUGAAAAAUCACAGUAUAUUCAUCUAUGUAAAUUUUUCUCUAAAACAGCGGCUAUGGCAGAGGCCUUCAUGAAAUAUAAUACUCCCAAAGAUAUCAAAAGUGGGAAAGAAUUUGAAUCAACAUUGAUAGGGUCUAUGUUAUCUUUAAGUUGUAUACCUAAAAAUGAAGCUGGACCUUAUGAUUUCUUUAAUGAUCCAUCAUCUUAUAGAAAACAUGUCCAUGAUAGUACUGAAUCUAAUAUCUGGGCUGAACUGGUAACGUUAAAUGAGAAAAUAUAUUUAAUGACAUAUUCUCUAAUUAAAGUAUCACCACACAUUAGACAUCUUGUAUUAAAAUGGCUGGGGAAAUGUCUUGCAGCAAAUCAAGGUCGAACCAAAAUCUGGUCCAAUCAAAUGCCACAGUUGUUUAAUCAAUUAUACUCCUCAGAAGGUUUCUGUUUAAAUCUCAAUUAUCUUAUGUUAAAAUUAUGUCAGCCAUUUUGUGAACCAAUGUCUGCUAAACUUCUUAAAAUACAGUGUAGUUAUACUCAAGCUGUAGGUAAAGAUGAGGAGGAUAUAAAAACACGAUGUAUACAUGCUGGAGGUUUAAGAGAAGAAACUUGUCUUAUACCUGCUGGAGAUGAAAAUACCCCGAACACCACAGAAACAUAUAAUUUUAUAACAGAGUGUUUCUUUUUAACUCAGCAAUGUAUCAACCUAGGUUUUCACACACUUCAUAAUAAAUUCACUAAAUUAAAUCAGGAUCUGCACAGAGUUCAAAGGCUAUAUCAAGAUGUAAGACAGCAGUCUGCUAGUGAAGAAGUUGAACCUGUUAGAAGUAUAAAAGCACAAAUGGAAAAGGGAAUGACCCUUUUCCUCAGUAUGAAGGCAGCUUUGACAGUACCUCAACUACUAGAGAUGAGUUUAAAUUUACAUACAUCUACAGCAACCUGGUUAUCACAGAUGGCAGCUUCUGAUACAGUUACAGAAUUUAAGCCUAUAGCUUUACCUCUACCAGAAACAGCACCAACUAGUCUUAGUCUUAUACCAGAAUUUGUUAUGGGAAAUCUCAAUGAUUUUAUUUCAUUUUUACAUCGUUAUCAAGAUGAACUAUUUGAGUUUGCUGGAGAUAAAGUGAAGUAUUUUAUGACACUGAUAUUAGUAUUUAUGGGUAAUCCAGAGAGAAUGAAUAAUCCUCAUCUACGAGCAGAAUUAGCUGAAACACUUUCAUCAUUGAUGCCUCCUGAUCCUAAUCAAAAAGGUGGUGGAGGACUUUUAGCAAAGUUUCAUCGUGAGAAAUUAUUUAGUGAACAUGAACUGAUUGAUCAUCUAGCAGAGAAAUUACUCCAUGUAUUUGUUAGUAUAGAGAUGACAGGACAAAGUGUAGAAUUUGAACAGAAGUUUAAUUAUCGUCGACCUAUGUAUAUUGUGUUAGAGUAUAUUUGGGAAAUAGAUGUACAUAAACAAGCAAUCAAGAACUUAUCAGAUUUUGCUGAAAGAAAUAUUGAUGCCCCAGAAGCUCCGCUAUUUUUACGAUUUAUAAACUUAUUAAUAAAUGAUGCAAUCUUUCUACUGGAUGAAGCACUUUCUUAUAUGAUGCAAAUCAAGGAAAAACAACAAGAAAAAGAACGGGGAGAAUGGGAUUCACAAGAUCAGAGACAAAGACAACAAACAGAAGCUAACUUCCGAUUCAUGGGAAACAUAGCUCGUUAUCAUAAUGUUAUGGCUAAUUAUACCAUACAUUCCCUAGAACUAUUGACGAGAGAAAUUAAAACUAUAUUCUGUAAUUCUACUAUGGUAGAUAGAAUAGCUGCCAUGUUGAACUACUUUCUUCUUCAUUUGGUCGGUCCAAAACAGAAAAAUUUUAACGUAAAAGAUAAAAAUGAUUAUGAGUUUAAACCACAACAGAUUGUAUCAGAUAUAACUAAAAUAUAUUUAAAUCUGGGUGAUAGUGACGAGUUUUGUCAAGCUGUAUGUAAUGAUGGUAGAUCUUAUUCCACAGAUCUAUUUCCUAAAACAGUUCAAGUUUUACAGAAGAUCGGAAGUGAUCCUAUAAUGAUUAGUGAUUUUCUUGGUUUAGAUGAUAAAAUACGGGGUUUAAAUGAGAAAACUCAAGCUGAAGAUGAUUUAGUGGAAGAUGCACCAGAAGAAUUUUUAGAUCCUAUUCUAGGUAAUUUAAUGAGAGAUCCAGUUCUACUACCAACAUCAGGAACCAUAAUAGAUCGAUCAGUUAUAUCUAGACAUAUAUUAAGUGAUCAGACUGAUCCUUUCAAUAGAGCACCAUUGACAAUGGACAUGGUUGUACCACAAACUGAUCUUAAAAAUAAAAUAGAACAGUGGAGGAAGGACAAGGCAAAAUCUUAAUUGAUAUUUGUAUAUUUGAAAAAUGUUGUUAAUAUACUUUUUCUGGAGCUGGUUUCCUUAAAAUCUCUGUCUAUUCCUAAUUUCAACUGUAUGGUGUAAGAGGUGAUACACAUGACAGUGUAUGCAUAUAUUGAGAACACAUAACACAUAACAGAUUUGUUCUGACAUUUAAAUUCAAUGUUAAAAGUUUAUGCACUGUAUGUUUUUUGGUUUCUAUUGUCUGUAUUUUGAUACACUGUUUUCAUUGUCUGUUAGUUGUUUCUGUAGUUGACAAUCUGAUUAAAACACAGAUUCUAUUUCGUUUCGUUUCUUAUAGUUAAAAAUUUCGUUUUACUUGUCUUUACUACACAAUAGGAAAUGGAAGAGUCGUUAUAGUUAUAUAAACUGCAUUUCGGUUAAUGUGGGGGAUUAGCCAAUGAAACGGUCUGUUCAGUGACUUCUUGGUGUGCGAUGCAUGGAACUGUGGGUAUCCUAAAAAUGAAGUCUGAAUGGUUAAUCAAAUGUCUGACGUCGUAGGGUCGAAAUCUGCUUGUAUGACCCCUGACGCAACCUUCCACUACAACUGGUUAGAUCUUAAUGUAGUAGAGGCCAUCGAAAGUAUAAAAAUACGAAACGAAAUAUAUAUCUGUAUUUUAAUCAGAUUGGUAUGUUGAUAUCCAUAUUUCCUAGUUAUUUGAAAAACAAAUCAUAUUUAUAUACCUAAAUUUAUACCUACAUCUAUCUAUGGUACCUUUGGAGCUUAAAUUUCAAACACAUAGAAUAUGACUGCAAAUGUUAAUCAAAAUCCAUAAACAAUGAAUAUUUCAUUCAUCUUUCACAUUUCUAUCAAAAUUAUUUUACACAGUGUUACUAAUUGGUUCGGUUCACAUUUUUUGUGCUUUUCAGUUAUUUAAUCAUUUAUAUUUGUCUCCAGUGAGCCCUAUUUAAUAUUUAAUAAUGCGUAAGGCACUAACUAACCAAGAGGUAUCGGGUGCUAUCCAGUUGUUCAUCAAGAAAGUUCCUCAGAAUUUUCCAGCCUUUAUUCCCCUUGCCAGUUGUGCAGGACAGAGGGCCUGCAAGGAACAGCCUCUAGUCAUUUGAAUGGUAUGAAAAACCAAGAUCUCAUGUACGCAUUGGCGUGCAAAUAAAAAAGAAGCGUAUGUGGAAACUCAUAUUCAAAAAGUAAAAUCAAUAUUUAUUGAAAUGAGCAGUAGAAAUUUCUCCAUUAUGGACAAUCAUGAUGUAGCAAAUAAAUAUAUAAAACUAUAUAACUAUUUACAUACUCAGCCAAAUUAAAAACUUGACACUCGCGAUUUUUGGGACUAGAUUUUUAAUAUUUGGUUUAAAGGGAACUAUUUUAGUGUUAUGUUGUGCACAGACGAUCUUGACAUCAACAGAAAGCAAGAAUACGUCUCGCCGAAAGUCCUUGACAUUGAUAAGGUUCGUGAUGUCACAGUACCCCCAAAAUGAAAUUCACAGACUUGGAGAACAAUCGGAAUAAAGUGUUUAGUAACGGUUGUGGCCUCCUCUAGCGUCUCGUACUGCCACACAACGUCUUCUCAUGGAUCUCAGAACAUUAGUAAACACUACCUGAGGAAGACGUCGCCACUGCUCAGCAAGAGCAUGUUGAAGGUCCUGCAACGUCAGUGGUGGAUUCACUUGCUGACGAACACGUCGACCCAGUUCGUCUGCGGUAUACUCGACCCUGCCAUCGGCAAAUCUCAAAGUGAAUCGAGAUUCGUCACUAAAGACAACCGAAUUCCACUGUCUUUGAGUAAAUCUUAUGUGUCUUGUGGCCCACACAAGUCUGUUACGGCGAUGAAGAGGUGUCAAUAUUGGUCUAUAGGGCCUCCGAGCUCAAAGACCAGCAAUCUGCAAGCGAUUUCGAACAGUUUGUGCAGUUACCCUUCCACCAAACAUCUCUCUACUUGUGGUGGUUGCAGUGACAAAUCUGUUUCUAAGAUGACGUAAUCCUAUUGCUUGAUCUUCCAGUUUGAAGCACUCUCAUUCUAAGAUUAAUUUUUGUCUGGCGUGAACAAUUAAAGACUCUUGCAACAGUGACCACAGACUGACCAGCAUAGAGCCUACCUUAGCACGUAGACGUUCUACAUUUGAAAGGCGUGGCAUUUUCUAACAAGGAUGAAAAUAACAAUUUUAAUUUGUUUUUCCAGUUCAAGUUACGCGUGCGAGUUCAGUUUAAGCAAACUUGCAUCGAUUGACCUCACGAGUUUGUGAUUGCACGUGUUUUUCAGGUUUUUCAUCUUUAUAUGCUCAAAAGUCACGUGAUCCACGUGACUUUACAAUUUUAUGAAAUUAAAGGCUUCUUACUACUAACUAUCAUUAGAAACACUUUAAAAUUUAUUUGACUUACCAGAAAAAAAAAUUUGUUGAAAUUCAUCAGUGUCAAGUUUUUAAUUUGGCUGAGUAUAUAUAUUUAGCUGUCAAAUUCUCAAUCUUUUCAUUUAAAUUCUAUUCUAUUUGUUUUAUCUGCUUCAAGAUGCUUUUAUUAUAAGAUAUAGUUUAUUUUAUUGUAAUAUAUAGCAUAUAUUGUGCAUUCAAACUCAAUAUAUUGUUGAUUCUUUGUCCAUAUGUAAAAUAAUGAUGGCUUUAAUUAAAGCAUAAUGUAUUCAGGUUUUCUUCUUAGUUUAAUCAUUAUGUAAAUAUAGCAAGUAAUAAAUUCAUGUAAUGGGAUAUUAUUAUACAUUUUACUCUAAAUUGAAUCAGAACAUGUCUAUACAAACUGUAUUUAAU